ACGGGCUCGCUUCCGUGAUGGGCGACGGAGGCGCGCUUGCACCGUGGGCGGCGAGUGCGCAGGCGCCUUCACUGGAUCUCCACGGGCGCCAAUUCCGGAGGCUAGUAGUAGCUGGCUAUUUCCACAGACAUGAUUGAUUUUUCACUGUGCUGAAGCAAAGCAUCCUUUAAAAUCCUCUCAAGCUCCUAACUUCAGAGAUGGUGACAUUGCCUUGAACAAGGAGACAAGUGACUGACUUUGUGGGACGUGCUCUGGUCCUGGCUUUUGUUUUCCUCCCCGAAUUUGGAGAACCAUGGAGAACUGGUCUUGGAUGACACUAGCGGUCUUGAUAGGACUCACAGUGCGGUGGACGGUUUCUCUUCACCCUUACUCAGGUGCUGGAAAACCUCCUAUGUUUGGUGAUUAUGAAGCUCAGAGACACUGGCAAGAAAUUACCUUUAAUUUACCAGUAAAAGAGUGGUAUUUUAACAGCAGUGACAACAAUUUACAGUACUGGGGACUGGAUUACCCACCUCUUACAGCCUAUCAUAGUCUCUUAUGUGCAUAUGUGGCAGAGUUUGUAAAUCCCGACUGGGUUGCUCUGCAUACAUCUCGUGGCUAUGAGAGUCAGGCGCACAAGCUCUUCAUGCGUACCACAGUUUUCGUUGCUGAUCUGCUCAUUUACAUCCCAGCGGUGCUUUUGUACUGUUACUCCUUAAGAGAAAGCUCACCUAAGAGAAAGAUCGCUAGUGCAUUAUGCAUAUUGCUGUAUCCAGGUCUUAUUCUUAUCGACUAUGGACAUUUUCAAUAUAAUUCUGUGAGUCUUGGUUUUGCUUUGUGGGGUGUUCUUGGAGUAUCUUGUGACUGGGACCUGCUAGGAUCAUUGGCAUUUUGCUUAGCUCUAAAUUAUAAACAGAUGGAGCUCUACCAUUCCCUGCCAUUUUUUUGCUUUUUACUUGGCAAGUGUUUUAAAAAAGGCCUCAAAGGAAAGGGGUUUGAGUCGUUGAUUAAGAUAGCCUGUACUGUCGUGGCUUCCUUCCUUCUGUGUUGGUUGCCCUUCUUUACAGAAAGGGAACAUGCCCUGCAGGUUCUAAGAAGACUCUUCCCUAUUGAUCGUGGAUUGUUUGAGGAUAAAGUAGCCAAUAUUUGGUGCAGCAUUAAUGUUUUUCUGAAGAUUAAGGACAUUUUGCCUCGUCACAUCCAGCUAGCAAUCAGCUUUUGCCUUACAUUUGUGAGCCUGCUUCCUGCAUGUAUAAAACUGACCCUUCAGCCUUCUUCUAAAGGAUUCAGAUUGACUCUGGUUAGCUGUGCCCUAUCAUUCUUUCUGUUUUCUUUCCAAGUACAUGAGAAGUCCAUUCUCUUGGUGUCAUUACCAGUUUGCUUAGUUUUAAAUGAAAUUCCUUUCAUGUCGACUUGGUUUUUACUAGUGUCGACAUUUAGCAUGCUGCCUCUUCUAUUGAAGGAUGAGCUCCUAUUGCCCGCAGUUGUGACAACGGUGGCGUUUUUAGCGGCUUGUGCCACUUUCUUUCCGGUGUUUGAGAGUACUUCUGAAGAAGAACUUCAGUUGAAGUCCUUCGCAGUUUCUGUGAGGAGGUGGCUCCCGGGCUUCACGUUCCUUCCCAGAAUGAUCCAGUAUCUGUUUCUGUCUUCACUCGUCACCAUGGUCCUUCUGACGAUUUUGAGUGUCACAGUGAACCCUCCCCAGAAAUUACCAGACUUGUUUUCUGUACUGGUGUGUUUUGUGUCCUGUAUAAACUUCAUAUUCUUCUUGGUAUACUUUAACAUUGUAAUCAUGUGGGAUUCCAAAAAUGGAAGAAAUCGUAAGAAAAUCAACUAGCUAUUUUCCCAAUCAAAUGCAAUCUUUUUUUAUGUAUAAGUGAGUGUGCAUCUUUAGAAUCAUGGCGUCAUAGGAAAAGAAAUGGUCACUGCCUAUUGUUAACCUACACAAACUGUAUAUGGGACCAAAGCACUCGUUUUUUAAGUAUUUUUUGGUAAAGCAUAUUGUAAUUUUGGUAAUAAUCACAGAUAUUUAAAUGAUAAAAUAAGAGAAAAAAAUGUCCCAGCUGGUUGUAGUAGCUCACAUCUUCAGUCCUAGUACCAGGAGGUAGAGGCAGGUGGACCUUGGUUCAGGGUCAUCCUUGGUUACAUAGAAAGUUUGAGGCUAGCUUGGGCUACAUGAUACUCCUGUCUCAACAAAAAAGGGAGAGAAAAAAAUGUUCUUAUUGCCAAUAUUUAAUAAUGAAAUACGCUCUGUAAAUUAUGAUCUUUUAAAAACUGAAACUAUAGUGAGUUUAUUGGAAGAAUUAAGCUUCUGUCUUAUUUGAGCUUUAGCAUAUGAGUAAUAAGCAUCUCAUUUAAAGUUGUAUCUCAGGGAAUUAACUUUUUUUAAUUACUGAAAUUGAAACUGAAUACGUAUCAUUGCAUAUGCAAAAUUGGAUGCUAAUAAAUUAAAUGGUAUUUUUGUUUCCAAGAAUAUAGAAUCACUUGAUUCCAUUUUUAAAAGAACUAUUGACUAUAAAUCUAAGAAGUUUGAAGCCUUUUUGGUUACUCAUGGUCAUUAGUUCUACAUUUCUAGUCAUUCUAAAUUAAACUAUUUUAUCAAGAUUCCAUCUCCUUUCCGUUACCUUGUUUCAGGUCUCCACUGAAACAGUGUUUACUCAGGCCACGCCUCCCGUCCGCUUGGUCCAUAGCUAUGGUUAUCCCUUCCCUGUGCUCACUGUACUGGUCUCAACUGGUAAAAAUCAUGUAGUAUGUUUUUCUUUCUCAUGGAAAGCUCUUUCUUUUAGUCUCUGAUAAAAAUUAAAGUCACCUUACGGUAGCACGAAUUGUUAUAAGGUCUUGUUAAAUAAGAAACAAACCUUGGAGCCAGGUAUUGUGGUGAAUGCUGGAAGAUCAGAGAAGCAGAACAAGCCACAGCCACCUCACCUUGCCAAUUCCUCAGCUGAUCCUGUUUCCUCAGACUGGAAGCUUCUGAGUCCUCAUCCAAAUGGAUCUCAGCUGAACUGCUUCUCAAAAGCCUGAAAGCUUGCCCUGCUCUAGUUCCUGGUCCUCAAGCCUUAUAUACCUUUCUGCCAUCACUUCCUGGGAUUAAAGGUUCUUGUUACCACACCUGGCUGUUUCCAGUGUGGCCCUGAACUCACAGAGAUCCAGAAGGAUUUCUGCCUCUGGAAUGCUAGGAUUAAAGGCAUGUGUGCCAUCAUUUUCUGGCCUCUUUA